AUGAGUUAUGAUGAAAUUGAAUUUCAAUAUUUUAAAGAAGCAAUUUUAUUCCUUAAGGAAGUUAAAUGGAUUUAUGAUGUGCCAGUAACAAAAAUAAUGGUUAAAAAUUGUUUAGAAUUAAUGCCAAUUGAAUGGAUAGAGACUUUAAUUCAAUUAAAAUAUAAUGAAUUAAAUAAUUUUGUUUCCAAAGGAAAAGUAAAAUUAAGUUGGCCAACAUCAUUAAUAAAUUUUGUUUGUAAAUGUAAAUAUUUAAACAAAUUACCAAAUCCAACUAUUGCAUUAUCUUCAAUACAAUUACCCAAAGCAUUUAUGAAAAAAAUAAGUAUAAAAAAACAGCAUGAAAUAUUUCAUUUAGCACAAUUGGUUCAUAAACAAUGUUCAUUACAAAAUAUUUCAAUAAUUGUUGAUCUUGGUGCAGGUUUGGGCCAUAUUUGUCAGUUAUUAAAUUAUUUAUUUGGUUACAAAGUACUAGGAUUAGAAUCAAAACUUCAAAAUGUAGAAACAGCUAAAGUUAGGCAAAAAACUCUUUUUCCUGAUUCCCUAUCAUCCGUUAAAUUCAUGUGUAAAGAAAUAACAAUAAAUUCUGCAAAAAAAAUAGAAUUAAUUUUACAGCAAGAGUUUAAAAAUACUAAAAAUAUUGGUUUAAUGGGACUUCAUGCUUGUGGUGAUCUUAGUGUUGUUAUAUCUAAAAUAUAUUUAGAGAUGAAUGUAGCACAACUUCUUAUUUUAAUACCUUGUUGUUAUCAUAAACUGACUCUUAGAAAUAUUAAAGAUAAGACCAAUAAUAGUAACAAAAAAGAGUAUUUUAAUAAUUUUCCAUUAUCAUUAACAUUAAAAAAUGCUAUAAAUAAUUUAAAUGUUGAUAUUGGAGAAAUUUUUAAAAGACCCUUCAUGAGACUAGCUUGUCAAGAAACAUCAGAUAGAUGGCUCGCAAUGAUAGAAGAAACUCAUAAUAAGCAUUCAUUUUAUCUUCUUGCAAGAGCUAUUCUUGAAUUAUAUGGUACUCAAAAUGGACUUUUUUUAAGAAAGCUUGUUAGAAAAGGAACAAUGAAAUCUCAAUGUUUAGAUUUUGAAAAUUAUUUAAAAAAUUGUACACAAAGGUAUGUAUAUGAGAAAAAAUUUUAUUGCAACGAAACAUUUAUAUCACAUGCCAUGCCUUGGAAUGAUGAAAUUAAAAUUGAUAUAAUAUCUUUAUGGAAAAAUCAUGCGGAAAAACAAAAAAUUGUUGAAUUAUAUACUGCUUUACAAUCACUUUUACAGCAAGUAAUUGAAUCUUUAGUAUUAUUUGAUAGAUUGAGCUUCUUAAAGGAGUAUAAUUAUGAAACAAAUAUUCUUUCCAUUAUGGAUAAAAGUUUAUCUCCUAGAUGCUUUGCAAUAGUAUCAACAAAAAAAAUACAUACACAUAAAUGUCUAAAAAUUUAAUUGCUAAAUGAAGAAAAUAAAUA